UAAGUAAUUACAAGAUUGUAUCAUUCAUUUAUCCCUUGCAUUUAUUUAUUUAAAUUUAUCUGUUAAAUAGUUGACCUAAAGUUAAAUUCUCUGAAAUAUUUCAAUAACGAAAUGGUAUCCAAAACAGCCAAAAAACCACAAACUCAACUACCUUCUACUUUCCGUAAAAGUCCGGGGCUUAUCGCUACAAUUCGUGUAGGCUGUUGACUUAAUUGACUUAAAUGAGCAAAUAAACAGCAAAAAAAAAUUCGCCAAGCUUCAAAACGAUUCAUAAUUUUCUGUCCGCUGCACAUUCCGUGCAAAGUACUGAUUCAAAUUUACCGAACCCCACUUUUGAGCGUCCCGAAACGAUGACCAUCGAUACCGGGUCAUAAAUAUCGAAUGGUGAAUCAAUUUACACUCCGCGUUGCCAAAAACCAAAGACUCUGGCGCGCCCAUCCCCCGCAAAAGUGCAAGUGUUUGCAGACGAAGCGAAACGAAUGCGUAUGGCACAAUCAUAAUCACCUCCUUCCCCCCGGUCAUAAAGUGGUCAAUGUACGGCGGGCCGUUUUUUCGUGACAACUACCCAUAAAUGCUUGAUUGAUGAUAGGAGUUUGCGAGUUGCCUUCAAAAAAACACAUGCGUGGCAUGCGUAUUGGAAAUCGAAAUGUUUUGAAUUUGGCGGUGCCCGUCCUGAUGGCUGUUGUUGUUGUCGUCUUCAGCGCGAGUUGCUAAAUCGGUGUUAAGUCGAAGCAUUUUCCCUCCACCACAAGCGUAAGCCCCAAGGGGUUGGUUUUUGUAUGAAAAACGCAGACAAAAAAUAUCCAAAAACUCGCCAAAAAAAGGAAUCGAUUCGUUGAAAAUCACAAUCAAUUAAACGUCGCUCGAUGGAAGCCCGAUUAAACGUCAUGCGUAGGCGUUUUGCUGGUGGCGAAAAUCGGCCUAUAAAUAGUGACGCCACGUUUCGAACACCACAUCAAGUAGUAUUCCGCAUCCGGUUAGGCCGCCCGGUAGUAGUCAGCUUGAGAAAACAACUCAAUAACCCACCCUCCGUGUCCGUGAUCAUGCAGUCCAUCGCAGUCGUCCUGCUGUCCGUGUGUGUGCUCGGCUGUAUGGCCCAGUACGGUGGUUAUGCACCGCACCCGAAACCAGCACCGAAACCUGCCCCGGUCUACCAUCACGCCCCGGCCCACCCGAUGCAUCACGGUGGCGGUUAUCAUGGCGGCAAGGGAGGCCAUGUGCCGUGUGGCGCGAACCUGCUCGUGUCCUGCUCGCCUCACGUAGCGCACGUGCCCUGUGUGCCAGCCCACGGCCAUGGUGAACAUCAGUACGGUGGCCACCAGCACGGAGGAUACCGAGCGUUCGAUCAGGCCGAAACGGAAGCUGACGAAUGAGUUGCUGCGAGCUGAAGGAAGCGACCCAGUCUGCGGAAUGCUGCGAUGCAGCUGAUGUUUUGAUGUGUGCGUGAGUGUGUGAUAAUAAAAUGCUGAACGUUAGAGAGCGCAUCCGUCCCUUUGCAAA